CACUGACUGAUAAGCAAUUCAUUCUAACUAAUUCUCUGCUACCGAGAUAGAACAAAAAGAGCGACAAAAGAAAAGAUUUUGAAAUACGCGAUAGUGCCGGGAGCAUAAUUCCGUGGAACGCAUUGUGAUAGAAGCUACAUUUAGGUACAGUGUGAGGUUCGCAUCACAUCCACACACCACAUCUCCCAUCCGUGCAGUUCUUUUGAUACUCCUGCUAAAAGAUGCAUUCGGUACGAAUGCCCGUUGUUUGCCUGCUUCUGGUCGCAGUAACAAUCUGCAAUGUACAAUCGGCUGUUCCAGAACCAUCACCAUUGAACACGACAACAGUGGAGCCUGUGACAACGACUGCGGUUCCGACUACUUCAACAACAACCACCACUGUUAAGCCCGAGACAACGACGACGAAGCCGACAACAACAACCCAGAGUUCGACAUCAACAAUGGCCCCAACUACUACGACUACGACCACAACUAUGGCACCGUCCACUACCACCGUAGCACCGAGUCCGAAACCCAUGCCGGAACCGGAUAUGGGUACCUGGAGCUUUACCAACACGACCACUAACCGAACCUGCGUCAUCGCGCAGAUGUCCAUGCAGUUCAAUAUGAGCUAUUUCGAUGUCGAUGGCAAGCCGGUGAAUGUUCUGUACAACCUACCGAAGGAAGCGACCGUUAAAUCGGGUAUGUGUUUGAACACCUCGGACUAUAUUGAGCUGACCUGGCCCAUGGACAAGCAGAAUAACUACAGCUCGCUGCGACUUGACUUCGCACUGAACGCAACCGGACAUGAAUUUGCCUUUGUCGGCUUGCUUGUUAACAUGAAUGUCGUUGGGGAUGCCUUCCCGAACGCCAAGCCUCUUCAAAAGCUGGUGCUCGCCAACAAUCAGACGUUGUUCAAAACUCCGCAAGACAUGUCCUAUCACUGCAACAAAGCGCAAAUGCUGAACAUGACCUCAAACACCGCCGGGCUGGGAAUGCCUACUGUUACGGUCGCCAAGCUGCAGCUGGAAGCGUUCCACACCAAGCAAAAUAACAAAUUCUCGAUCGCCAAAGACUGUGAGGCCAUUGAUACCCCCGACAUCGUCCCGAUUGCCGUUGGUUGCGCCCUGGUGACGCUGAUCAUCAUAAUGCUUGUCGCAUAUCUUGUCGGUCGCAACAGUGCUCACAGCCAGGGCUACUACAGCAUGUAAAUAUGCUUCCCGGGCACUGGUUUUCUUGUAUAGGUGUUUUUCUUUUCUUUUUCGGGUACGACCCGAAGCAGGCAUCUCCGCAAACGCCAUGUUGCGAGACCGCCGUUUGGGAAUUGUGUACGAUCCUUCGUUUUUCUUUAGUUACUCUUAUUAUUUUUCUUUCAAUUUCUGGCCUUACUCCCCUGUCGCUUUUUUUUUGUGUGGAAAGCGGAUCAACUUACAUUCAUACGUUCGCGGCUGAUUCCGCGUUAUCCGCACGUGAGUUUGGUAGACUACAACGUGAUAAAAAGGCCAAUUGAUAGUUUCCAUCUUUUGAUCGUGUUAGAAAAUGAAUUGGAGUACGUCAAUCGAUUCCGUUUAGAAUUAGUUGAUCAUUCUUCUUGAGCGUAGUGAUCACAAACCAUUCUUUUCGCGAGAAUGUGAAUUAUUUUAAACACGGAAAUGUCGCAAUUUGCUGUGCAUCAUCCGUCGACUGGGUAAAAUGAAACUAGGAUGAUAACAAAAGAAAAAAAAACAGUACAAGGACUUAUGCUUGCA